UUCUGUUUUUGGUGACGUAGCACGCACUUUGUGUUUGACAUAACAACAUCGACCGGAGUAUCAGGAAAUAAUACAAAUUUUGUCCAAUAAUUGUAACUAUAUUUGAAUUAAAAUGGGAGGUUCACAUAGUGCCUUUACAGAGCAAGAACUUGAUGAUUAUCAGACCCUGACAUAUCUUACAAAGAAAGAAAUUCUUCAUGUUUAUAAAAGAUUCUACACCUUAGAUCCAGAAAAAGUUAAUUUAGAUAAGAAUGUUAAACUAGCAAUGGAUGAUAUUCAGAAAUUACCUGAACUUAAGGUGAAUCCAUUCAAAGAUAGAAUUUGUAAAGUUUUUUCAUCAAGUGGAGAUGGUGAGAUGACAUUUGAGGACUUUCUAGAUAUGAUGUCAGUUUUCAGUGAUCAAGCUCCUAAAAAUGUCAAAGUAGAAUAUGCUUUUAGAAUCUAUGAUUUUGACGAAGAUGAUAUGAUAUCUGGUAGUGAUUUAAAGCAAGUUGUAGACAGAUUAACCGGGGAACAAAAUUUAUCUGAAGAAGAUAUGCAGCAACUGAUUGAUAAUAUUUUUAUGGAAGCUGAUCUAGAUGAUGAUGAAUUUUUAUCAUUUGCUGAGUUCGAACAUGUUAUAUCUAAAGCUCCUGAUUUUAUUAAUUCAUUCCGCAUUCGGCUGUAAUAAGGAAGUUGACAUGAUCAGACCCAACAUUCAGUGGUUGUGGGACCAUAAAGUAUUACAGUAAUUAUGCAGAAUAAAGAAACCAAACUUUAUAUUACUAUUCCCAGACAGAUUUGUGUUUAAAAUAUUAGAAAUAUGAUCUUGUUUCAGUAUUUUACGUGGAGAACAUCUUUGUCAAUAAUAACCCAUAUUCAAAAGGAACAUAAAGAAAUAGUUUUCACUGUGAACAGGUCAUAUUUAAUUUAGGAUUAUUUUCAUGCUGGCAUUAAAUAUUGUUAAAUCAGUGUAUUGGGACUGAUUCUAUUUUGUUUUUGUUAUUAAUAUCUAUUGUAAAUGGGACACAGUUUGGUACAAAAUAACUCUAAUUGCAAUGUAAAUUUGCUACAACAUAAUACAAGAAUUUAAACUCUGUUCUUCCACUAUUGUAACUUCAGCCAUUAUGUGAGAUUCUUUAUUUCUUGUGCGAAUCUUAACAAACUAUAAAAACAGAAUUUCAUUUUAUUUCACAUACAUCAAUAUAUAUAUUGUUGUCACCCAUGUGUCUUAUCCUUUAUGUGUGAUUCAAUCAUUUUUACUUAUUUGGGAAUCAAAGAUCAUUGUUUGGCAAUUUGCAUUACAUGUAUGUUUUGAAAAUAUAAUUUUUUAUCAAUCAAUCAGGAUGCAUACACUUGCAGAUGACCUUUCUUUAAUAAAAACCAAACUAUGGAAAUUAUUGGGUAAAAUAACAAAAUACCAUGUAAGCUACAUUAAUUUCAUGACAAUAAUUAAAUUUGUGGGUGGAUUGAAAGCCUUGACAACUACAGUUGAUUUAUCAGUACCAUCAGGGGUAUAUAUUCAUUCUUUUGCAUGGAUAGUUCUCGAGGAAAACCAGGUUACCUGGUGUAUAAAUUCGGAAAUCAGUUAGGAUGAAAAUGUACAAAUGGUCUUUAUUUUCUUCCUACCUACACCUGCUUAUUGUUUGUACCUUUUCUUCCUGAACCCCUUUUCUAAGAAAUAAGGUAUAGAUAGAAAAUAUACAAAAAAUAUACAUAUACCAACUCAGAAGUAAGUUUAAAAUAAAAAGGUACAGCUAAAGUAAACAUCCAGGACAAAAAUGUUAAUUUUAGAAUAAAAUAUAGGCCUACCCCUGCUAUUAUUUUAUGUUGUAAUAAAUUCUUGUUCAAGAGUAUUAUAUUAUGUUUUUAUCAUUUAACAAAAUUAGAAAUAUAAUCAAUAUUAUAAAACUAAUAUAUUUUAAUUGAUAUGUAUAAAAGGUGUAAAUAUAAAUAUAUAAUUCUUUCUGGCUUCCCAAAAUUUCCAAAAAAUCAUUAUUUUAUCUAAGAAAACAGCAAUGUUAUUGUAAAUACUGACAUUUUAUGAUUUUAUUAUAAUUAAAUAUUAUUUUCAUCUGUUAUACAUGUAUUUUUAAUAUUUAUUUUAAACUUGUGAUAAUUUUAGAUCUAAAUAUGCAUUUAAAAUCAAUACCACUAUGUGUUAACGGUAUAAUAUACCAGGUAAAAAAUGUUGAUUACUGGACAUUACGUAAAGUAAAUAUAAAAACACCAAGUGUGUUAGGUAUUUUAUCAUUUUUAUAAUGCUGGUUUAAGAGGAUAAAGCUAUAAAGGUUCCAUGUAUAUUACCCCAGUAUAUAAAACUAAGUUUUACUUAAUAUGAAUCUUAACUGUGCUUCAAAAUAUUUUAUACAUAAAAAAAAACCUGCUGCAUAUUGCUAAAUAUGACAAAUAAAAAUAGAAUAUUUAAAAACCUUAUGUGGAUUCAGUAUAAAUGUAUGUAUUCCCAUUCAUAACCUUUCUAUUUGAUAAAAUUAUAUACCUUUCAUUUCAACCUUUUCCGGUUGUUCUGUUGUAUUUUCUCUACAACAAACCUUUAAGCUCUCUUGCUUUUUCUUCACCUGCAAUAGUUAUUAAUCUUAUUUAUAAUGGUAGUUUUGUGGUUGUGAUUCACGUUGAUUUUAUUACCUACUUAUUUUAAUAUAUCAUACAUAUUCUUAUAGAAUUAUUUACCAAUUAUUGUAUAUCAUACACAUUCUUAUUGAAUUAUUUACCCAUUAUUGUAUAUCAUAUAUUUACCUAUUAUUGGGUAUCAUAACACAUUCUUUUAGAAUUCUUUCUUGAAUUUGUCUGCUCGACUUGCUUGUUCAAUAUUUAAUAGCUGUCUAAAACUUAAAAAUAAUUUUGUGCAGGAAUAGAAGCCAGGACUUUUAAUCAUUUGUAAUACCUAACAUAUUUACCUAGGAUGAGAUCUCACAAAGCAACCAAAAACAAAAAGUUACCUGGCCCCUGUUUUAAGCUUACAAAAUAUUUUUAUUUAAGGAUUUAAGCCUUUAUAUUUGUAAAAAAUUCUGUGAAUGUAUUAAUGGAAAUAUUAUUUAAUCAAAUUAUUUCUCAAUAUUUUAUUGAACACUGACAUUAUUUAUAUAUAUAUUUUUUGAAUAAAAAAAUCAUUUAACCGCAUA